GUGUAUCCAAGUGACAUACAUAAACAGCGGUUUAGAAACCCAAAGACGCAAAGCAGCAACUCCUCAAUGGCAAAGAAAGCUGGCUCUGGCUCUUCUUCUCCUAAGGCAAAGACAUGCUGCGAUCACCUGGCUCUUCUGUCCUCUGAUUUCACCCGCAUUCCCAAAUCUGAUACUCCAUGCAUGAGAUGCCAGGACGUCAAGGAGAGUUGGGUUUGUUUGUCCUGCAAGGACGUCUUCUGUAGUCGAUACGUGAACAUGCACUUCGUUGAGCACUAUUUGCAGACAAACCAUUGUCUUACUGCCAGCUGCAGAGAUCAAAGAAUUUGGUGUUAUCGCUGCGAAGCAUUUUAGAUGCUCAAGUGAUCCCACAAUUGCGAUCCUUUCUUUCACCCUCCAAUGCCUCCAAGGAUCUAUCCUCUUCAUCCAAGCUAGGGAACAUGGAUGCGCUGAUGGUUGCUGUUGCUGAUCUUAUAUCUGAGCCAGUUCCUAGUUUUGACUUUCGUCCAGCAGAUGCGCAGUCGUUGGUUGGGCACGAUGAGCUUGCAUUGGCCAAGGAGGGACUCCAGAAGAUCUUUGAUCGUGGGUUAGAAGCUUUAGCUGAUUAUCAAGUGCAAAAGGAGUUUCUCGCAUACUCAGCCAUAUUUCUAGCAUACCAUCCAUGCCCAUCAGAGUUGAAGGACCUUUCAUCAUUCGGGGUUAAUCUUUCAGAGGAAACCUCUACUUUCCUCCAAGCUCAACAUAAGUUGAAGGUGGCGUCAAACCUAUCAGCCUCAAUUGCUCAGAAAAAGUUUGUGCUCCUGCAGCAAGCUUCAAAGUAUGCUGAGGUGAAGAAAGAAAUUCUUGCCACAGAUGAGAAAGUUGCCAACCUUAAGGCCAUGAUCAAAGAGUUGGAGUCCGAAAUAAAGAAUUUGGAAGCUAGUGAUAGGGAGAAGACUCAUGAGGUUUUGGAUACCAUUGAUACACAAGUUACUACUGUGAGAGAUGGAUUAGUCUCAGACUUAGCACAAGCGUCUGCCAUGGAGGGAAUGGCACGGGCAGCGAAUGAGUUAGUAACUCAGCGGCAGUCAGCUUGGGAUAGCCUGAGGACUACUUUUGCAAAGCUCUCCUGAUGUAUAUGGCAGUCUGCAUGGAAGGGAAGAACACACUGUCAAUGCUGUUGAAAUGUCAAAGGAUGAUCUUCUACACUAUGUUUCAUUAACCAAGGCUCAUAAUUUCGACCCUUCUGUCUUGUCGUAAGCUCACUAGGUCACUCGCUUUUGAAUAUGGAAGUGAUCAAGCUCAGCUAAUCUCGCUUUGUCCAACUCUUCCUGCAUCAUGGCUUGAUCAUUUUUGGAUAGAGUUUGGUUCUGAUUUUUGAUGGCUAUCUCCAUUUACAAAAUUGCAUUGUCGUUGUAGCCUAAGGCAAAUGGUAUGGUUCCAUCAAGCCAAAAGAAAAUUGGCAUAUGGUUCCAGUCCUGAACUUCUUAGAUGUUUAAUAGGUUCAGAAGGUCUUUAAAGUAGAUAGAGCCAAGUCCCUGGGUUUCCUUGACCAUAGUUUCUAUGAAUGUCGUGAAUUGUUUGUUACUCAACUCAGUCUACCAAUUGAUUUAAGUAAAGUCCGUUGUUUCAUUGUUGUC